AUGAUUGCUGCUGUUUCCAAAUUGAAGGGUUACAUACGACAAAUCGAAGAAUUGAAUCCAAGUGGAGCAUCAAAGGAAGAUAUUAUGAAUCGUGCUCAAAUGUUAUUAGUACAAGACCCUAAUUACUCAAAGGGCUUCAAAUUUAGACAUGUGUGGAGCAUUCUUCAAGGUGUUGAGAAAUUCAACAGUGACAACGUCAAAGCUGCAUCUACGAGAAAAGAUAUUUAUUCACCUUCAUCUCCACAUGUCUCUUCGUUUAAUCUUAACAUCACUGAUUCAGACAGUGGUGGUACUUCAACUAAACGACCUAUUGGGGUGAAGAAAGCAAAACUAAAGAGAAAGAAUGAACAACAAUUCAAUAAAAUGGUUUCACAGAAUGACGAACUUGUUGCGGCGUUAGAUCGAAGUACCAAUGUUACUAUGUUCAAGGAAGAGAAUAAAUUUUUUUUCAAAGAUUUGAAUACCAUUGCUAAUCCAAUAAUGCGUGAAUUUAUUCGCGGUGAACAACUCAGAAUUAUGCAAAAGAGGACUGAAAAUCAAAAAUCUCAAUCAAUUCCACAUCAAGGAGAAGGAUCUAGGAUCAAUUCGUCUCAAGAAGAAGAACAAGGAUCUCAAGAUCCUUUGAAUGGUUCCGGUAAAUUUUAUGAUUACUUCGGUGGUUUAUUAGGAAGUGAUUUUUCAUAA